GCCCCGCCCCCCGCCCGUCCGGCUAAGAUGGCGGCGCCCAGGGCUGGGAGUGGGGAGCGCGCGGCGCGGUAGGGGCAGACCCUCUUGUGGUGCCAGCAGUGGGAGCCGGACGUCAGCGACCCCCCCCCCCCCCGUCACAGGCCGAGAGCUCAGCGCGGACCCAGCGUCUGGUAACCCCUGGACCCCCCGGACCUAGGGCCCGUGGCCAAGGCGCCGGCUCUUUGGCCCCGCACUGCCCCAGCCAUGGCUGAAGGGGGCGCCGGGGGGAAUCAGCCGCCGCGCGAGCAUCCGCAGAACCUGCAGGGGCUGCUGCAGAUGGCCAUCACCGCUGGCAACGCCGAGCCCAGCCAGCUGGAGCCCAUGUCUGACGAGCGGCGGCAGUGGUUGCAGGAAGCCAUGGCCCAGGCGUUCAGGGGGCAGCUGGAGGAGGUGGAGCAGAUGAAGGAGUGUUUGCGGAUGCUGGAGGCCGUGUCCCCUGGAGGGGACGGCGGGGAGACCUCGGAGCCGGCCGAGGGGGACCCCUCCCGCCAGGCCAGCGCGCUGGAGCUGCUGGCUGAGCUGUGCGAGAACUUGGACAACGCCGCAGAUUUCUGCAAGCUGGACGGGAUGCGGCUGCUGGCUCAUCGCUACCUGGAGCACCCCAUCCCGGAGCUGCGCUGGCGUGCUGCCCACCUCGUGGGCACCUGCGCCCAGAACGUGCCCAAGGUGCAGGAGCAGGCCCUGGCGCUGGGCUGCAUGCGCAAGCUGCUGCGGCUGCUGGACCACGACGGGGCCGACGCGGUGCGCAUCAAGGCGCUCUUUGCUAUCUCCUGCCUGGUGCGCGCCCAGGAGGGGGGCCUGCAGCAGUUCCUGCGGCUGGACGGCUUCUCGGUGCUGAUGCGCGCCAUGCAGAGCCCUGUGGAGAAGCUCAAGGUCAAAUCCGCCUUCCUGCUGCAGAACCUGCUGCUGGACCACCCGGAGCACAAAGAGACCCUGUGCUCCAUGGGGAUGGUGCAGCAGCUGGUGGCUCUGAUCCGCUCUGAGCACAGCCCCUUCCAUGAACACGUCCUGGGGGCCCUCUGCAGCCUGGUGACGGAUUUCCCCCAGGGGGUGCGGGAGUGCCGGGAGCCGCAGCUGGCGCUGGAGGAGCUGCUGAGGGAGCGCUGCCAGCUGCUGCAGCAGCAGGAGGAGUUCCAGGAGGAGCUGGAGUUCUGCGAGCGGCUCCAGCGUGUCUGCUUUCAGACGCCCCCCGACGACAGCAGCAUGGAUCGAUGAGUGCCCCCACCCCCACCCCGGAUCGGUGACUUCCCUGAGGUGCCCACUCCUCAGAAUGGUGGUUUCUUCCCGGCCUUUUCUGUUGUCUCGUGUGGGUGGCUUUUCUGAGGGCCCCUGGCUGCCUGCCCCCGCCACCCCACAUGGGGCUGGGGAGAGGGGCUGGAGCCACCCCAGAGAGAAGGGCCCUCAGCUGGAUCAGAACCAGGAGCCUCUGGCCCCCAUUUGUUCUGUGUAGAUCCUGCAAGAGACACCCCCUCCUCCCCGCCACUCGAGUUGUAAUGGUGAAUUCAGGGAGCGAGGGGUGAAACUGAGAACACUUCCCCACCGGUGAGGUCUCUAGGGGGUGCCGCCAGAGCAGGAGACUGGCUGGCUGCGGGGGGGGCGUAGGGAAUGGGGCACAGGGUCUUUCCCUCUGGGGAGUGCCGGCCCUGAUCGGGACCCACCUGAGCGUGUGGGGGUGCCGACUGACUUGGGAGACCAGAGGAUAGGUGCUAUGCCCAUUGCUGUCACAUGCUCCCCAUGUCGGGGGGGGGGGGUCUAAGGGACAGGGUGGGGGGAUGAGCUGGGGGGGUGCAGCUUGGGGCCCUCCUGCUCUGCCUCUUCCUGUGUUCUUGUUGCCAGUGGUUUUCUAAUAAAAGUUCUGCAUUGGGUGGA